AUGCACAGUUCUGGAAGAUAUCAAUCAAAAGCCGGACCAUCACAUUCACAGGAUUUUCUGGAAGACGAAGAAGAAGAUGAGGAGGAUGAACAACACUACACCCGAUUCCACCACCCUCAACAACAUCAGGAAAACAUCUCGACAGACGACGCGAUAACCAUCCUACUGUCAUCACUUCGCUUCGAGACCCAUCGCCAACAGAUUCCCGAAGAUCGUGACGAUGAUCAACUUCGACGAUGUCACGAGAAGAUCUUCACACAAAUCCAAAGAGAACCCGAUGAUCAGAAGAGAAGAAGGUUGAAAAAAGCGUUGCCGGCGGCGAAUUGUGUUAGAGAACAGAUUUAUUACUUAAGGAGAAGGCCGGGGUCUCCAAGUCCCUCAUAUUUUCAUCGACUUUCGGCGCAACUUGAUGCGAUUGUCAAGGAUUCGUUUGAAGAGGAAUAUCGAAAAGUUGCGAUUAUUCUGGGACUUGUUGAAGCGUUGGCUGAAGUUUUGAUAUUGGAAUUGGCGGUUUUUGGGGUUCCGCAAGUGAAUUGUGAUGAACAUCGGACGAUUCGAAAAUUGAUUGCGAAUGCGUUGACAAAUUUGACUUAUGGACAGGUAAGAAUUGCAUUUUACAUUUAAAAACCUGAAAAAUGAGCUCAUGGAGCUGAAAAUUAUGAAAAUUGAGCUGAAAAUCAUGAAAAUUGAGCUGUUUUAGCUGAAAAUCAUGAAAAUUGAGCUUUUUGAGCUGAAAAUUAUGAAAAAUGACUUUCUGAAGCUGAAAAUUAUGAAAAUUGAGCUAAAAAUCAUGAAAAAUGAACUAUUUGAGCUGAAAAUGAUGAAAAUUGAGAUUUUUGAGCUCAAAAAUCAUGAAAAUUGAGCUUUUUGAGCUGAAAACUAUGAAAAUUGAGCUUUUUGAGCUGAAAAUUAUGAAAAUUGACUUUCUGAAAAGCUGAAAUUUUUGAAAAUGAGCUUUUUGAGCUGAAAAAUCAAGUUUUUAGCUGCGUAUCUAAUGUACGCAGCCAAAUUCCCUGGCUGAGUAUCUAAUGUGAAUCAGAUUCACUAGGUACGCAGUCAAAUUCCCAAUAAAAUUCUGUAGGCUGAGUAUCAAACUUCAGAGGUACGCAGCCAAUUUCACAAUGUCAAAAAGCAAGUCUAAAGGCUUCAGCCUGGAAUUUCAGCUCAGAUCUCUGGACUGAGUAUCUAAUGUAGAUCAUAUCACAAAGUACGCAGCCAAAAGUGCCACGUGGAUUUUCGACAGCUAAAAAAUCAUAAUUUUUUAAAUUUUUGAAGCAAAAUUUUGUCAGGUUUCAAAUUUCCUUGAAAAAUUCAAAUUUCCCGCCAAAAUUGACCCUGGAUUUUUGAAAGCUAAAAAAUGAAAUUUUCGGUCUAAAAAUUACCGCGGAAACUUCAAAAUUCAAAUUUCCCGCCAAAAUUGACCCGGGAAACUUUGAAAAUUCAAAUUUCCCGCCUGAAAAUUACCGCGGAAACUUGAAAAUUCAAAUUUCCCACCGAAAUUGACCCGGGAAACUUGAAAAAUUCAAAAUUUUCCCAAAAUUGACUAGGGAAACUUGAAAAAUUCAAAUUUCCCGCUCUGGAAACUUUAAAAAUUCAAAUUUCCCGCCUUAAAAUUAUCCCGGAAACUUGAAAAAUUCAAAUUUCCCACCAAAAAUAACCCGGAAAACUUCAAAAAUUCAAAAAUUUUCACUCCAGAUUCACUCAAAACGUCGUCUCUGCUCCUAUUCCGGUUUCGUGCCAACAAUGAUCCGAAUCAUCAUCGAAUCCACGAAUCUCACUCAAGUCUACGCGGGCCUCGUCAGAAAUCUCUCCUGGAUGGCCGACGGCGAAAUGAGCGAAGCCUUGCGACCCACAGUUCACGCCCUUUCAAUCGCCGCUGUUCGAGCGGCGAAUAAAAAUCGCGAAGAUUUUGGUUGUGUCAAGGCGACACUUUCUGCAUUAUGGAAUUUGGCAUCGCAUUCAAUUGAGAAUAAAAAAACGAUUUGUGAAACGCCGAAUUGCCUGGCUAUCCUGGCUAAUUUAUUGUCAACUGAUGUUCGACAAACUGCGAUUGUUGAUAGUGCGACGGGAAUUCUGAAAUAUGUCUCGCAACAUUUGGCAAACACAAGUUCACAUCUAGAACUUCGCCCAAUUCUUCUCACAAGACUUGUAGCUCUUCUUGGAUCAUCCAGCUUUACAAUUGUCACAAAUACUCUUGGAGCGAUAGCGAAUCUGAUCUCUAAAGAUCCACAUCUUCAAAAUGCCCUGCGACACGAUGUAUCAGCGAUUCAGCAGCUCAAUAUUCUUCGCAACUCGAAUCGUGAUGACAUUAGAAGUGCUGUCAAGAAUGUGCUGAAUGCUGUAAACCAGCCGGGGAACUCGUAUCCAGCUGCUUCUGCUGAAAUGUCGUGUUCGCUGACAAUAUCCCCGAGGAUGCUGCCGUUGCGAGCGACGAUGGCGUCGCCUGGAAGAUUUGCGGUGGCCGCGGGAGAUUCGCGAAGUUGCAGCCUGCCCAGGGGUUUUGGGAAAAUGCAGCAGAGUUUGGCGCCGAGUUAUCAGGUAGGGGUUUUUGGGGGGUAAAUCUAGAUUCUGGGAGCAUUUUGAGCUCGAACACAAUGAUAUUUGUGCUCAAAAUGCUCCGAAUUCAACGCUGAAAUUGAGAUUUUCGAAAUCCACGUGGAAUUUGGAGCAUAUUGAGCCCAAACACAACGAUAUUUGUGCUCAAAAUUUUUAGCUGAAAAUUCAGGUUCUGGGAGAUUUUUAGCUGAAAAUUCAGGUUUUUCAUGAUUUUUAGCUGAAAAUCCGGAUUCUGGAAGGUUUUUGAGCUGAAAAUCCAGGGUUUUCACGAUUUUUAGCUGAAAAUUCGGAUUCUGAGAGAUUUUUAGCUGAAAAUCCAGCUCCUGUGAGAUUUUUAGCUGAAAAUUGAGCUCCUGGGAGAUUUUUAGCUGAAAAUCCAGAUUUUUCAUGAUUUUUAGCUAAAAAUCCGGGUCCUGGCUGAUUUUUAGCUGAAAAUUUGACAAAAAUCAAAUUUUUCACCUGAAAAUGCUUUAAAAACCCGAUUUUCAGCUAAAAAUUGGAAUUUUUGGUCAAAAAUAGUGAAAAAUAGGAUUUUUUGCCGAUAUUUCAGUUUUGAACUCGAAAAUUGAGUUUUUCCCAGGUUUUUGGCUCAAAAUUGUUAAUAUGAGCAAUCAUUUUGAAACGUGGCAAUUUUGGCGCGUGGAUUUGCAGCGUGUUUUGACGCCACAAAAAACACGCUGCAAGAAUUUCGAAUUUUUCGCGCCAAAAUGCGCUUUGAAAUUUGAAAAUUCCAAAUUUUCCCGCCAAAAAACGUGGAUUUUUUUUGCAGCAUUCUCACCAACAACACUCCGCAAUUCCGCCACCUCCUCCACUAUCAAAUGCUACAGUACCCCUUGAUGAUUCAAUGCUUGACAUCCAAUCUUCAACAGCAAUGGGAACUCGUUCGAAUAGUAUCAGAUCUUUAGGAUCUGUAGAUCCUGGAAGUAUUAUAAUGGAUCGGAAUUCGACGAUUGACACAGCUGCCAAUAGUUCAAGAGCUUUGAGUCCUGUUUCAUUUUCUGAUUUGCCAGCGUCGCCUACGAUGUGUGCAGCGAUUCUGGCGGAGCAGCAGACUCCAGUGUUCCAGAAUAAUUUGAUUUUUGGACCUGGAGCUGGAGGUGGAUCUACGACAGUUAGCGGAACUUCUACCGCGCAGAAUACGAUGACUACUUCUCUUGGAGCAGCCCACGGAGCACCUUCGGAUAGCUCGCCUGAUGAGGAAUUGCCUGGGCCUAGUUUUCGGCCUGGACCGGGUCCCGAAGAUGGAGAUUUGCUGGAACGAAGUAUUCAGAAGGAGAUGCCCAAGAUUGUGUCGCCGAGAUUGAAUGGAUUCUUUUCGCCGAAUCAGCAGAGGAGACAAGGUGGGAAUUUGGGUGUUUGGUGCUGAAAAUUAUGAAAAAUGAGCUGAAAAUUAUGAAAAUUGAGGUUUUUGAGCUGAAAAUUAUGAAAAAUGAGCUGAAAAUCAUGAAAAUUGAGCUGAAAAUCAUGAAAAUUGAGCUGAAAAUCAUGAAAAUUGACUUUCUGAAGCUCAAAAUUAUGAAAAAUGAGCUUUUUUAGCUGAAAAUCAUGAAAAUUUACUUUCUGAAGCUGAAAAUUAUGAAAAAUGAGAUUUUUGAGCUGAAAAUUGUGAAAAAUGAGGUUUUUGAGCAAAAAAGUAUGAAAAUUGAGCUUUUCGAGUUGAAAAUUGUGAAAAAUAUGAUUUUUCGAGCCUGAAACGUCAAAAAUGUGUUGUUACAAUGAUUUUUGACUUCUGAAGCUUCAGAAAAUUACUCUGGAGCUGAAAAAUGCUUAAAAAUAUGAUUUUUCAACUCUAGAAGGUCCCAAGAUUUAUUAUAACCCAGAAAAUGCUCAAAAAUACGGAAAUUAUGCUCUGGAAGCUUAUAAACCACCCUAAACCCGUUAAAAUCGAUUUUCCAAAAAAUCAAUAAAUUUUCAGUCAAAAUCUUCAGCUUCAUCCUCAAAAAAAAAUUAAUAAUUUGCCUCCAGACUUCAAAAAUCCAAAAAUUUCAGCUAAAAGUGGUCCGAGACCUCAUUUUUGACCUGAAAUUCGAUUUUGAGCUCAAAAUUUGGCACCAGAUGUUGUUUGUGGCCCCAAAAUUGGCUCCAACUUCAAAAAAUCCGAAAAUUUCACCUAAAAGUGGUUCCAGAGCUCAAAAUUUUGCUCCAGACGUCAAAAAUCCAAAAAAAAAUCAAUAAUCAAUUUUCAGUCUCACCACAUCUUCUAAUGGAAUCAAUAAUGUCUGAAAUGCCAAAAAACGUCGAAGCCGAUCACCAAGAAACUGAAAAUGAGCAGCACAAUGAGCCAACAGGUGAACAACAACUCGGCGAAAAAAUGUUGGCUCAAAAAAUUGGCUCACAAAGUUUGGAAUCACAAGAAUAUACAACAUCUGAAGAAGAAGAUUCGGAAGAAGAUGACGAUUUUCAGCCCGAAAAGCCACGUCAUAACCAGGAUUCGCAAACUUUUCCGAUUCCACAGGAUUGUUAUGAUGAAGAAGAGGAGGAUUUCUAUGGAGAGGAGACGGAUUUUGAAGAAGAUUUGAAUGCGACACAAUUUGAGGGAGAUGUUACUAUUGAUUGUCGCGAAUUUAGGGAGACUUCCACCCCGAAGGGAUCUGUGACACAGAUUUUGAGAGGAGGAGCACAGAAGACUAGGUUACCGGUGCCGAGUAGAAUUAAUUUGAAUCGCAGUGUUGUGGUGAGUGAUUUUUGGGGGGACUGGUACAAAUUUCAUUGAAAAUAAUGGAUUUUGAGCCUGGGAAUGGAAAUUUCCAGAGAAAUCAUGGUUUUUAAACGAAAUUUUGUGAAAUUUAAGCCUGGAACUAAAUUUUGGUCCGAAUUUCAUGAAUUUCCAGUUUAGAUAUGAAAAAUUUGAGAAAAAACAAGAUUUUUGAUCCAAAUCCCAUCGAAUUUCAUAAAUUUUAAGCCUGGUUACAGAAUUUUUGAGAAAAAACAAGAUUUUUGAUCCAAAUCCCAUCAAAUUUGAUGAAAUUUUUGAAUUUUUAUCCAAAUUUCAUUUAAAAUGUGGAAUUUUAAGCUUAGAUAUGAAAAAUUUGAGAAAAACAAGAUUUUUGUCCAAAUUCCAUCAAGUUUGAUAAAUUUUGAACUUAAAUUCGAAAAGUUUUGAAUUUUCAUGAUUUUUUGUCCAAAUUUCAUGAAAUUUGAUAAAUUUUGAGCCCAGAUUCAGAAAAUUUUGAAUUUUCAUUAUUUUUGGUUCAAAUUUUAUAAAAUUUGAUAAAUUUUGAGCCCAGAUUCAGAAUUUUCAAAAGAAUUCGAAAAAUUUUGUUGAAAAAUCUGAAUUUCAGCUGAAAAUUAGGAAUUUUGACAUUUUUCUUGAAUUUUCUCGAAAAAAAAACCUUAAAAUUCAUGCCACGUGGCAAUUUCUCAAAAUUUUCAACAAAAAUUUGAAAUUUUGAUGAAAUUUGGUGCAUUUUAGGCCUGGAUACAGGAUUUUCUGAAAAAAUUGAAUUUUGUGGAAAAAUUUCAGAAAUUUCCGAAAAAAACACCUUAAAAUUCAUGCCGCGUGGCAAAAUUUCUCAAAUUUUUCAUCAAAAUUUGAAAUUUUGAUGAAAUUUGGUGCCUGGAUACAGAAUUUUUGAGAAAAAACUUGAAUUUUCUGAAAAAAAGAGCCUUAAAAUUCAUGCCACGUGGCAAAAUUUCUCAAUUUUUUAACCCGAAAGUUUGAAAUUUGCGUUUCAAAAAAGCUAUUUUUCUAUGCCACGUUGCAAAUUUUACCAUUUUUUCAGAAAUCUCCGCAAUUCAUCACCCACUCAAAAAUCGCCCGUCCCCGCCUUCCACCAAAACCCAAAACUCUACUUCUGACCUCAAAAGUUUCACCAUUUUAUCAUGAAAAUGCUGAAAAUCAAGGAGAAGAAGAAGCUGAAAAUGAAAAUGAUCAAACUAUAUACGUAAAUGCACCAGAAAAUAUUGCUCAUAUUAUGGAAAAUGAACAGAAAAUGGAAAAACAGAAGGAAAAACAAAUGCUUGUCACUACUGUGUGA